AUGUCAUAUUGCCAAGAUGCCCGAAGAUUACCUCAUUCGCAGAAUCCAUCUCCUGGAAGCAGCAGCCCUCGACCUUCUGUAAUAGGACGUAUAGGCCAGCGUCCAAGGGGUGAUGGUCAGGAUUGGGAUGCAGAAUCUUCCAAUGGAAGCAGUGCUCGUGGUAAUGUAACUUCUGGAAUAUCUAAUCCAUCACCUUUGGAUAUGGGUCAUGUUGACCUGCCAGAACUGGAAAAUAAAGAAAAACUGAUUGGAAUCCUAGAUUCAUUAGGUGAAAUCAUUACUUAUCACAAAAGUAACACCAGCUCAGAAAAACCUGAGCUUGCAGUAGUGCACCACAGGAUGGCAUUUGUUAGUGUUUCACUUUUCACAGUUCGACUCCUGCAAGUAUUGGUACCUGUAGAGAAGGCCACUAGUGUUUUACCAGAGUCUUUAGUGACAGCAUUGUUUGUUCUUUCCGUGGACAUGCCAUUUUCCUUAGAAUAUCCAAAUAUACACGAAUCAAUCACAGCUUAUUUGGAACAAAUGAAUUCAGAAAACUACAGUAUUUAUAAACAAGCUGCAGAAGCUGCCUAUUCAAUUGAGUGUGCUUGUAAUUUUAUGUUGGAUGUUCGCAAGGAGGGAGAAAAAAAUCAUCUUGAUUUACUUGAACUGGUAGAACAAGCCAUAAAAGGUCUUCCGUUUCACCAGUAUUUUGUUCUACUUAAGGAAUACCUCAACAUUUGCUCAGAUAUCUGGAAACCUGCUGGAGGUGACCCCCUGCUGCAGAAUAAAAGUCAGAAGGUGCUUCUCCAUCUGUUGUCACAUCCUGUGCCAAAUAUUAGAACAGAAGCCUAUCGCUGCUGUCUUGACAUUGUUAAGGAAUGUUUAGGCAUUCAUAAUGCUGUAAAGUCUAUUUCUUCGAUCAGUUGUGGUAUACAUUUUCUGCUUCAUCCCAAAGUUCUUUAUGAAAUAUGCACUUUUGGGCUUCAGGAUUCUCAGCAUGAGGUACAUCAUUCUGAAUAUGAUACCGUUACCAGAAUUAAUCUGAAAAUUAAAAGAAAUUAGUAGACCCAAAGCUUUGUACCUUUAUAAA